UUUUGGUGAAAAUUUGUCAAGAAAAAAGCAAGAAGAAGAGUAGUGUGAAUCCAAAAAAUGUGGUGCGGACGUUAUCAUCAGCAGUCGCCUGCCAGUUCAUUGGUAUUGAAUCGGCAAGCGAAGCAAAAAGAGAGUCGUCUAAUAAGAAACCAAGUGUUUUUCUUCUUAUCCUCAUCUCCUUCAAGCUUAAGAGAACAUCAAUGGCAAAUCAGUAUCUAUCCCAAAAUUGGGCUCAGAUUAAAAUCAAAAGCUAGUGUGGUGCCUCCUUCUGAAUCUGGUGAUAUCACUACUUUCCUUCUCGUAAGUGGAGCAAUGAUUUCCAUGUAUUUGGUAGCAAAUUUUGUGGUUCCAUCGAUGCUUUUCAAGUCGCUCCAAGGUGAAGAAGAGGAAGACGUAGACUCCGAUUAAACUUUAAGCUCAAUUGAUUUGAAGUUUUGCUUCUGCUUAUUUAUUUAUUUUCAUUGAAGUUUUUUUUAUCUCUUUUAAGUACUUGUACAUCCUAUGCAAGUUGAUUAAUAUAACCAGGCCCAAAGUUAUAUGA